AUGCUGAUCGAGAUCUGGGUGAAGCUGAUUUUAGCAGCCCAAUGGCGGCUAGACCUGAUCGGAACUAAUUCGUCGUUAGGAGUGGUGGGACAAAUGCAAAUGAAAGUGGUAGACUUUUCUGUGGCACCCCUUGCCGUUGUGCAGGAGCGGGUUUCAAGCUACGACGGGACGAUUGAAAUAGGAAACGGAAAAUUCUUCUCUCUGUUCCGCCAUCCGAAGGGUGGAAUGAACAGAAAUAUUUUCCUCCAUCCGUUCCAGAGCACCCUCUGGGUGUCGGUGGGCGGUCUCCUCAUUUUCGUAGCAGUCUUACUUUGCGCAACACUCGUUAUUCGAAGGACAAACCAAGGCUUCCCGUUUAGCGAUAUCGCGCUCGUGGUGCUCGACUUGGUCGGUUUAGUAUCGCAGCAGGGGUUUUUGGCCGAAUCUAGUCUCUUUUCCAAAAAACUCAUCUUUAUGGUCUCUAUCGCGUUCUGUGUGCUGCUCAUGCAGUUCUAUUCGACCUUCAUCAUGAGCUACCAGUUGGUACGGCCACCGAAAACCAUCAACACGAUCGACCAACUGAUCGCCAGUCCGCUCAAAGUGUUGGUCGAAAACAUGUCCUACAAUAUGGACUUCUUCAAGAGAACAAAGGAUCCGGCAGUGACGAGAUUGUAUCAAAGGAGUGUAGUUCCCUACGAUGACGUGUUCUACAAUGUGAGCACCGGCAUCGAGUUGGUCAAAAAGGGCGGAUAUUCGUUCCAAUGCGAAACAUCUUACGCAUAUGCCUGGGUCAUCGACACGUUCACCGAGCAGCAAAUUUGUGAGUUGCACUACAUAACGGUGUUUCCGCAUCGCGCAAUCCACAUUCCGGUCGUCAAGGGUAGCCCUCUGCGGGAACUUUUCAGGGUUAACUUACAGCGCAUGAAAGAAACGGCGAUUUUGGCCUACGAUCGAGCUCCAUAUUUCAUUCCAAAGCCGAAGUGCGUCCAGAAAAACAAUGAAACGACGGCGAUUAAAAUGUCGGACGUGAUUACGGCAUUCUUGCUGCUGGUCUGCGGGAUUCUUCUGAGCUGUUUCUUUCUGCUCCUCGAGAUAAUUUUCGAAAACCUCUGGCUACGCUUCGUAAUUCAGCCUAACUAUGUGUGGAUAGAUUAG